GUUUUUUAAAAGUGCUUUGCCCAUCAGGGUCGCGUGUUCUUUGGUGUCUCGUCUGCUGUCUUUGUUGGUUAAAAAUUAAACAGUGAACAAUGGCUUUUUGUCACCUCCAAAAAUCAAAAACUAGCUUCUUCCUUCGGGUCAGAAAAACUCGAUUCGAUCAGAAGUAUCCAUCGUAUAUAAUCUCCAAAGGUUUUGCAAUAGUACCGUCAUCUGGUCAGGAUAUACAUUCUACUGGUCGUUGUACAUUAGCUCCUGAUCAGUCAGUCCCUCGACAUGUUUCUCUUGCAUCAUCUAUUCGUUUACGAAACUCUUCUGCUUCGGAACUUCGACGAGAAUUUAUUAAUUUUUUCCGAAGUCAUCAACAUUCAGUGGUAGCACCGGCUUCUGUAUUUCCGAAGCGUCACGAAGGAAGCUAUUUCAUCAAUGCAGGUAUGAACCAAUUUAAAUCAAUUUUUCUCAACCAGUCGGAUAGUAUUUGUUCAGAAUUUAAGCAGUUACGUCGUGCUACGAACUCACAGCCAUGUAUUCGAAUCGGUGGUCGUCAUGAUGAUUUAAAUGAUGUGGGAUAUGAUAGGCAUCAUCAUACAAUGUUUGAAAUGUUGGGCAGUUGGUCGUUCGGGGACUACUAUAAGAAAGAGGCUUGCUCUCAGGUUUGGAAAUUUCUUACUAAGGUGUUAAACCUGCCUACCAAUGCAAUUUACAUAACAUAUUUCGGUGGUGAUCAAAAACUUGGACUUCCUCCAGAUGAUGAGACACGUGAUAUCUGGCUGAACUUGGGGGUGAUGGAUCAAAAAUUAAUGCCAUUCGGUAUCGAAUCAAACUUUUGGCGUGCAAAUCAGUUUAGUGGUGGAGGAUUGUGUGGUCCGUCAACUGAAGUACACAUAGAUUUCAAAGCACUCUGCGGUGGAGACCAAUUAGACUGUGCACGUUGUUUAGUGAAUACUUCUAGCCCUCAAGUUUUGGAACUGUGGAAUUGUGUUUUCAUAACACAUCGUAUCAUAGCUGAUAACGAUGUGACAGAGAAACAUUUGAAACCUGACCUUCUUCAACCUUUAAAUAAGUCAUUUGUAGAUACUGGAAUGGGACUAGAACGACUAGCAUGUGUGAUGCAGGGAAUGACGUCGAAUUAUGAUUCCUAUGAGAUGAAUAGUUUAAUGGAAUUCAUACACUCAAAGGCAAACUCAUAUAAUCCUUCUGUGCCUGUUUAUCAAGGUUUAUUUUUAUCCAAUCCUCUACAAGAUGUUGAAACUAAAACAGACAAAGAUCAAUCAGAAAUUACUCUAUCUUCUCUGUGGAAUAAAAUAUCUGGAAAAUCUUCGUCUUCUGCUCUCUGCUCAAAAUCACAUCUUGCCCUUGAUCAUUCUUGGAAAAAUUUUAACAUGGACAAUGAUCUUGUUGAUAUGUGGCAUCGAGAUACCGCCUAUCGAGUAUUGGUCGAUCAUAGUCGUGCUUUAGCAUUCGCCUUAUCAGAUGGUUUAUUACCAGGACGUCAAGGUUUACCUCUGAAAAUUCGUCAGCUUAUUCAUCGAGCUUUUCGUGCAUCUGUUUUAACUGGUCUUGAUACAGAAAUAACUACGUCGGGGAAAAUAAAAUCUCUCCUGGGAGCUUUGGUAUCCGAAGUAGCCAAAAGAGAUGUCCUCAGUCUUCAGUCGUUUUUUAACACAAUGGCUACCAUAAGAGGACCUAGCUGUAGAAAAUCUGAUGCAAUAACUCCGGAACAAAUGGAAUCAAUUAUUAAUGAAGAAGUGACUUCGUUUGCACCUCGUUUAUUUCAUAUAGAAAAUUCGUUUAAUCGAUGUUUGGAAGAAUGCAUCGAUAGGAGACAACUGUCAGCUGAACAAGUAACUAAAUUAAUGAACGGUGAUUAUGGACAUCAUGUAAGCUGGGAUAUGAUAUGUGCACAAUCAUGUUGGGCUGGUCUUUUACCACCCUUACCAAUCGAAACUAACUCUCCAUCGGACAAGAAUAAACCACUACUGUUUAGAAAUCAGAAAUUAGAUUCAAAUGUAAUUUCACGUCAGUUGCAUAAUUUAUGUGUACCGUUUACGGAUGAUUCGUUUAAAUAUAAUUGUUAUCAAAAAUCUGAACUGGAUCCAAAUGCAACUGGACAAUACGAUUUCCCAGAUUGUGAAACAAAAUUACUAGGAUUACUUGCCAUUGGUAAUAAAGAUACAGAUUAUACGUUAAUUACAAAACAAUCUUUAUCGGAUUCAAAUGUCACUUCUGUCACUCAAAAUCUAUGCGAUGCAUCAAAUAAUGAAAUUGCUAAUAAUUUACUCGGUUUUAUUUUUGAAAAAACUAACUUUUUUACAUCAUGUGGUGGUCAAGACACUGAUACCGGUUUUAUUCACUAUCCUUCUAAGAUUCUUCAAUUUCAAGUUAUUGAAACAACUUUUGUUUCUGAUCCUAUUUCGAAUUCUUCAACUAAUGGUUGGAUUAUACAUUGGUGUCAUAAACCAGAUAAUGUAUUUCCUUCAUUAAAUAAUCUGAAUUUUGAUCAAUCUUUUGUUUUAAGUAUUGAUAAAGAACGUAGAUUUAAUCUCAUGUGUUCACAUACUGGUCAGCAUUUAUUUACAUCAGCUCUAGAAUCAUCAGUGCUAUCGCAUUCUUCAGCAUUCCAACAUAUUGGUGGUACUUCUCACCCCAAUUAUUUCACAGUAAAAGCUGCUAUUAUCGGUUCAGCGUCACAACUAAUGCAAGAAGAUUUAGGUAAUUUUACAAGACAAUUAGAACAAAAGUGUCAAAAGUUAAUUAAUGAAAAUGGAUUUAUUUCCAUUUGGAAUACAGAAUUGGCACAUGCUUUAAAAGUGAAACAAAUUCGAUACUUCCCUUGGGAGGAGUAUAGUGCAAAAGUACGUACUGUGUGUAUAACAAAACAAAAACAUCCAAUCAAUGAUCAUGAACUAACAGAUUUUAAUUCUGUCAUCUCAGCUGAAUUGUGCGGAGGGACACAUCUUUUUGAGUUAUCUGAUUUACUGGAUAUAGCGGUGGUUGCAGUUAAAGGACGUCAAAAAACAGUCAAAGAAUUCACUUGCAUUUUUGGUCAUUUGGCUAAAUCUGCACAUCAAUGUGCUAAUGAAUUGAUUCAAGAAGGUUUAUCAAGAGAAAAAGAAGCUAUUCAUGAUCCUAAAAAAGCAGCUAUUCAUAUGGAUUGGUAUGAAUCUGUUUUAAAUGAUCCACACUAUACUGGAUUUCUCCCAUUAUAUGCUCGAUUAGCGUUAGAAACCAAUCUUUUCCGUAUCAAUCAUAAAACAGAUAUCAUUGAUACUGACCAUGUCCAAUUAUACAUUGAUAACAUGAAAAUAAUGAUUGGAAAUAAUAACUGUGAAACAUCUCAAGCUGUAAUUUCUCAACUUGAUUUUCAUAGAUUAGAUGAUCUUAUUUUUGCAUUUAUACAACUCAAUACGACUCAACCAUUUGUUGUCUAUAGUAUGAAUUUAGCUAUUUGCUAUUUUCCAAAAUCACAUGCUAAUCAAACAGCUUUGAAUUUGGCUCAUAUGAUAGCCAAACUUUUAUCUACUGAACUUGGAAUAGUGCAUUUAACAGUAAAAGGUCGACCUUUACGUUCUAAUCAUCUAAAGAAUGAUGACCGGUAUAAAUAUGCGUUCCUUCAACUUUCACCUACAGCGGAUACUUUUACCACGAUGACUAAGAUGCAACAAUCAUUGGAUUGGAAUGACUAUCAUACGUUGUUGGCAAAGUGUGUAAACUCAAUUUUACGGAGUCCAGUUUACGGUGAAGCAUAAAAUGUGUAGUUUAUAAACUUUUGAAUAUAUGAUAACUUGUUCUCUUUUUUUUGUAGAUCUUUCAUUCCCAAAAUAUUUACAAUUCGCAUAUUUGUUUGUAAAUUCCGUAUUUAUAUUAAAACAAUAUACAUUAAAACUUCUGAAAAUGUUACUAACUUCUUUUUAUUGCUGUUAUAGCAACUUUUCACUUAUGAUCAAACAUAAAGUGUCCUCUAUCAGAAUGAACGCUUCAUUAUAAUGAUGAAAGGGUUUUAUUCUUUAAAAAUAACGCUUAGUUAGCUGUUUAUAUUAGAAACAAAUAAUGUUCCUUGUAAAAUAACUUUUUUCACAAAUUUAAAUGCAAAGUAUUCGUCUGUA